CUCAGCCACGUGUGUUGACAUGGAUCAGCGAAGCCCUGCCUCAGCCCGCAGUCUCACCCAAACUGAACCAAGCCAACUCCAGAACCACGGACGAACCUGCAGCCCCCAGUACACCUGAAGAUGAGAAGGGGAUGAUGGCCUGGAUCACCGAGGGGCUGGAGAAGGUGGUUCCCCAGCCUGAUCUGAAGAGCAAAGACUGGGCCCCAGCUGAGCCCCCUGCUGAGGUGUGUCAGAAAGCAGCUGCUACAGCUGCAGAAUCUCAGGUCGUGGUGGUUGAGGUGCACUCAGACAAGGAGGAAAAUGGCGCCAAGCAGCCUUUCCCACCCAGGAUGAUCAACUGGAUAAAACAGGGAAUAGAGAAGGUGGUUCCUCAGCCAGAGAUUCAUAUCCGUGCAAAACCCGACGGCAGUGAGAAGACUGACGCUGUGGCUAAACCUCCCUCAGCUCCCAAACCUGCCACAGACACUGACAAGUCUUCCAAGGAAGCAGAGCUGCAGCCCAACAGCGUCGUGGGCUGGAUCACCAGCGGCAUGGGUCGGAUGCUGCCUCAGCCUGUUCAGAAGCAGCAGGACGUGAGCAGCGACCAGGUGCACAACAUCAACAUCAGACAGAACAGGACCGACCUGGUGCUGGAGGAUGUUGAGCAGGAAGAGGACAAGCAGAGGGUGAUGGAGGUGAAGGAGCAGCUGGAGCCUCAGAACAGGGAAAAGCUGGAGCCGGUGACCACAGGGUUGCAGACAGGAUCUGUAGAAGCUCAAAUGGACCUGACCCCGCUGAGAGACAGCAUCACGGAGGCUGAAGCUCUGAUGGAGGAAAGACUGCAGCAGGAGCGCUUGGAGGCAGCUCGCGUGGCCGAGGACAUGGCCAGGAAGGCAGCAGAGGAGGCAGUGCGACAGCUGGAGGUGGAGCAUUCUGCUAAGAUCGUCAUAGAAACGCUGCCAGAGUCCAGUGAGCAGCUACCGAACAUCCUGGAGGAAGAGAAUGAGGACGACCCAGAAAGCCCCGUAGACGUCUGUCCGGCUGAAGAUUCUACCGAGGCGACAGAGGUGGUGCUUGAUGCAACUCCACCCACUGAAUGUGAAGCACCAGCGCGCGGCACCCCUCCUUCAACAGAUGUGCAGCCAGCACCAGAGAAGAGGAACCUGGGGAGUCCAGUCACCCAACAACCAGACCCUCGUGCUCCAGUAUCUGCUCCCACAAGUCAGACGCCAGAAGAAACAGGAGAGGACGAUGAGGGUGGAGAUGUGUGUCUGGGUAAAGACCAAAACAUCCCCCGAAUCAUCACCAGUCCGGAGGUUCAGCGAGGCGAGCAGCCCCUGCCACAGUCCUGUCGUGGAGGGGAUCUUUCUGUGGAUGAGGAAGAUGAUGAACUGAUGAAGACUGGUGUGAAGACCUGGUCCAGUCAGGGAGACCUGCUGACUGCAGAUGACGAGAUGCGUCCUCUGUCGGCAGCCAGCGUUUGCAGCAUUGUGGUCCAGGAUCGUCUCAAUGAGCUUGUCCGUCUGUUUAAAGGCCGAACGGAGCGGCAGAAAGAUCGACUGGUGGAUCCGGACGAAUCUGACGAGGAGAGUCCCGCAGCCUCCCCGAGCAAAGCUCCACCUGCCCAACCCCCACCCCCACCUCCACCUCCACCCGGAGAGGAGAAGAAGGACGAAGCAGCAGCAGCAACAAUGGAGGAAGAUGAUGACGAAUAUGACGAUGAAGAAGAGGAGCUGGAGCUUAGGUUUAAACUUCUGGGACAUACUGUAAAAAUUCCCAAACCUCCCAAAUUUCUCCACUGGCUGCGUGCUGCGGUUCAUUACCGCCUCCCCCCCAGCAUCGACCCCUUCACAGACCUGAUCUACGUCAUCUGGCUGUUCUUUGUGGUGGCAGCCUGGAACUGGAACGUGUGGCUGAUCCCAGUGCGCUGGGCGUUCCCCUACCAAACCCCAGACAACAUCCACCUGUGGCUGCUGGCGGACUACACCUGUGACCUCAUCUACAUCACUGACAUCCUCGUCUUCCAGCCCAGGCUGCAGUUUGUCCGCGGAGGAGACAUUGUGUGUGAUAAAAAGGACAUGAGGGAAAACUACAUGAAGACUGAUAGAUUUAAGAUGGACGUCAUCAGUCUGUUUCCUCUUGAGGUGUUUUACUACUUCACAGGCGUCAACUCUCUGCUGAGGUUCCCUCGUCUGCUGAAGUACAUGGUUUUCUUCGAGUUCAAUGACAGGAUGGAAGCUGUGAUGAAGAAAGCCUACAUCUACAGAGUGAUCCGCACCUCCACCUACCUGCUGUAUUCUCUGCAUAUCAACGCCUGUCUCUUCUACUGGGGCUCCAACUACGAAGGACUGGGAUCAACCAAAUGGGUUUACGACGGACGAGGCAACGCCUACAUCCGUUGUUAUUACUUUGCUGUGAAGACACUCAUCACCAUCGGGGGUCUGCCAGAUCCCACCACCGUCUUCGAAAUCUGCUUCCAGCUCUUCAACUACUUUGUUGGCGUCUUUGCCUUUUCUAUUAUGAUCGGUCAGAUGAGAGAUGUGGUGGGAGCAGCGACCGCAGGUGAGAAUUACUACAGAGCCUGUAUGGACAGCACCAUUAAGUACAUGAACCUCUACAACAUCCCCAGAGAAGUCCAGAACCGCAUCAAGACCUGGUACGACUACACCUGGAAGAGCCAGGGCAUGCUGGAUGAACAGGAGCUGCUGGUGCAGCUUCCCACUAAGAUGAGACUGGACAUCGCUGUGGACGUCAACUAUGCCAUCGUCAGUAAAGUCGCCUUGUUUCAGGGCUGCGACAGGCAGAUGGUGUUCGACAUGCUGACCAGGCUCAAGUCUGUCGUCUACCUGCCCGGAGAUUUUGUGUGUAAAAAGGGGGAGAUCGGCAGGGAGAUGUACAUCAUCAAGGAGGGGGAGGUGCAGGUGGUGGGCGGUCCCGACCUGCAGACGGUGUUCGUCACCAUCAGAGCCGGCUCCGUGUUCGGGGAGAUCAGUUUGCUGGCAGGAGGUGGAGGAAACCGACGUACAGCCAACGUAAAGGCCCACGGCUUUGCCAACCUUUUCAUCCUGGAUAAGAAGGACCUGGCCGAGAUCCUGGUGCACUACCCAGAGUCCGAGAAACUGCUCCGCAAGAAGGCCAAGAAGAUGCUGUCAAAGGACAAGAAGCCGGUGGAGAAGGAGGCAGCAAAGGAGGCGGUGGAGGUCAUCCCACCCAGGUCUGAAACCCCAAAACUGUUCAGAGCCGCACUGAAGGUGACGGAGCAGGCGGGAAUCGAAGGAACCUUUGCGAAGCUGAAGAGGAGCUACAAACGGUCCGAGAGCUCAGAGGAUCCUCCCCCCAUCUCCCUACUGCCCCCUCCCUCUCCAACGCACCAUCGCUCCCCGGUGCCGCUCGUCCCGGUUCAGGACGGAGACGACGCCGUGGCAGAGACGGCCGACAGCUCCGUCAUCAUCCGGAUGACGCCGCACCAGGAGGGGGAGGAAGUGCUGACUGUGGAGGUGACACUGGAGGAGGUGGAGAAGGAGCGGGUGGAGACAGCAGAGGAGUGAUUUUGUCGCUCUGUUUCCCGCAUUUCUUCCAUCCAACUUUGAGAAAAGAGUUUCGGGUGGAGGCAGAGAAAAACGCCCCAGGGCAUUCUGGUCUCUUCCUGUUUCCACCUGUUUUCAGCUUCACGUUUUUGGCCAGCUUUGAAUUUGUUCCCAAAACAAACAAAACAGUGACAUGAAAAUAGAGGAGUCAUGGAGUGAGCCAACCUGCAACUUGUUUUUCUUCCUUCUUUUCUCUCUCAGUUUGCUUUUCUACAUCCUUAGACUCAAGUGAAGAACCAUACAGUAAUUAUGCUAGGACCCUGACGGCCCCCUCCUCAGCUCCAAAUGGAUCUUUUUUUUUCUAACAUAUCUUCCGUGACUGAGUUGCUUGUUUUGUUUUGUAAACCUUCUCAGCAUCCACACAUUCAUCAUCGCUCAUCAGCUGCUUUCAUCCAUACCGUUCCCUGUUAACGCUGCAGUACCGUGUUUGACCACAGAGGCCUGGGGGCGCUGUCUCACACCAUGUCGGCUCAUUCCUUUAAAACCUGCAGAAGAAAAAAAAGUGCUAAAUCAAAAUACCAACAUAUAUUAUUAUUGUUAUUAUCAUUAUCAUCCGUGUGUUUGUAAAACUCAAUUUCCCAGGGUCCUCAGCAUCUCAGCACCGACUCCCUUGUCCCUCACUGAGCUGGUUUAAUAUUGGGCUUCAUUCAUGGUUAAUGUCACUGAUGUGCUGCUGUUCUGCUGUGUCCUGUUUGCACACUGAAGCGCCUGAUGUCUGGCUCACACUGGACUCUAUUGACUUUAGAUUUUCUCUUCGCCAGUUCCAGUUUCCAGUUCAUUCUUUAUGGUGUAUGUGACCAGCUUCGAUCCUGGUCAUUGGGUUGUUAUGUGCUCCAGAACAUCUGUGUUUAAAUUGAUCAAACUGUCAACUAUUGUUACAUAGUUCCUGUCUGUGUGAGGUUCAUUUCUACUCAUCUGUCUUUUAGAGGAAAGUAAUGUGUCACUAAGUCAUUUUCUCUUUAUCUUUAAACCAAUGUAUAUUGGUAGCAAUUUUCCAAAUGCUACAGAUGAUGGAUGGAUGCAGAUGUUUCUAGUCUUGAUUGUUAAUCCGUCGUGUUGUUCACGGUUUGGGGCUGAGCUGCAGGACAAACAGCAGGUCAGGGUAUGUGAGCCAGGGACAAGCUCCAGGAAGCACAGGAAGUUCUCAUUGUGUUGGUCUGAGCCGGAGAGGAAGCGACUGAAGGCGGGAAAACCAAAGGCCGCUCCGGCAUCAUCACCAUCAUCGCCCUCACUGCUGAUGCAGAGGCUUUAUUGAUUUAUGUCCGGAGAAGAUGUGGAACGCUUCAGAUAGUGAUGCAGGCGCUGCGGCAUAAAAAGAUAAAUAAAUGCUGAGCACGAAUCAUAAUGAAGCUUCUCGGUUCUGAUCCGUGUCGGGUUCAGUUGGCUAAAAGUCAAAAUCCUGAUGUGGAUCAUUUCACUGUUCUCAUGACAAAGUAUGAUCCUGAGACAUUGAAUCUGACCUGAACUGGCUCGGGAACCUCAGUAUUAGAACCUUGAUCACAGAAACAGUUUUGGACCGAACACGUCUCUAACUGAUGUUUUAUAUUUGCUGUUUGGUUCCACAUUUUUCUUUCAGGCGUGUCGACCUGCGGUAGAACACCUGCACAAGUUCAGCAGCGAGCAGGUGGCGGUUCACCUAAAGGGGUGGGCGGGGUGGUGUGUUCAGCGGCUGUCGGAAUAGAGAACAUUUCUACACACUGUUUAAAGCACACGAGCCGGACUCAUAUUUAAUAAACAUAAGAACUAUCAAA